GCCGGGAGGGAAGUCGGUGCUAAAGUGGCCAUAUAAAAUGAUUAAGUUGCAAGUGAAAGUUAUUUCUUGGCCUCUUAUAAUUUUAACAGCAUUUUUACGCGUGCUGCAAAUUGAAAGCAUAAAUACCAAUUUCCUUGAGCUGGCGGCCUUCGAGGACUUUCUGCGUUCGGAGCACUUGAGCCAGGUCCUGGUGGUCCGCGGCGAUGAUGCUGAUGGCGACUGGCAAAUUGAAUGCCACCAGAAAUUGUUGGCCAACUAUCGUGUGCAAUUUUACCGGCCAGGAAUGUCGGCGAAUUUCGAGGAUCUCAUGUUCUACGGGUCUCCGCGCACGGCGGUCCUGGUGCUGAAUUUCGAGGAUGUACUCGUGAGGCGCCGGGUGCUCGGGGUGGCCUCCGAGGCCGGAUACUUUAACAACUCGCUGGCGUGGUUCAUUCUCGGCUCUGGCCGGGAAUCUCUGCAGGAUGAGCAGCUGAUUGAGCAGCACUUGAGUGGCUACAGCAUGGCCAUUGAUGCGGAUAUCACAGUGGCCCUGCGGGGUCAAGAUAACAAAUCUUGGCUACUCUACGAUGUAUACAGAAUCAGUCAGAAAGUUUCAACGCCUCUAAUUAUUGAAAAGAAGGGAGUGUGGACUAUUUCUGGAGGUUAUCAGCUCUUUGAAAAUUAUAAAAACACCUGGGUAAUUCGGCGGCGCAACUUCCUCAACGUCACUCUGAUGGGCAGUACUGUGCUGACAGAGAAACCCCCUGGCUUCGAUGACAUGGAGUAUCUGGCGGACGAUAAGCAGCUCCUACAAUUGGAUCCCAUGCAGCGGAAGACCUAUCAGUUGUUUCAACUCGUUGAGCGCAUGUUCAAUCUCAGCUUGGCCAUCAGCUUCACGGAUAAGUGGGGCGAGUUGCUGGAGAAUGGCAGUUGGUCCGGAGUGAUGGGUCAGGUGACGAGUCGCGCAGCGGACUUCGCCGUGUGCCCCAUUCGCUUUGUGCCGGACAGACAGCCCCACGUCCAGUACUCGGCGGUCCUGCACACCCAGAGCAUCCACUUUCUCUUCCGCCACCCGCGUCGCAGCCACAUCAGGAACAUAUUCUUCGAGCCGUUGAGCAAUCAGGUGUGGUGGUGUGUCCUGGUUUUGGUCACUGGAAGCACUCUACUCUUAUUGAUUCAUGUGAGGCAGGAGAGGAUGCUAUCCCAUAUGGACAACCGACUAUCCUUCGUUUGGUUUACUAUGCUGGAGACCUAUCUGCAACAGGGUCCUGCCAAUGAGAUCUUUCGUUUAUUUUCCACUCGACUCCUGAUCAGCUUUAGUUGCAUAUUCAGCUUUAUGCUGAUGCAAUUUUACGGUGCCUUCAUAGUGGGCUCUCUGCUCUCCGAAAGUUCGAGGAGUAUUGUAAGCCUGCGGGCCUUAUAUGAUAGCAAUCUGGCGAUUGGGAUGGAAAACAUAUCCUACAACUUUCCCAUAUUUACCAACACCAGCAACCAGUUGGUAAAGGAUGUGUACGGGAAGAAAAUCUGCAAGUCCGGAGAACACAAUAUUCUAACCCUACAGCAGGGAGCCGAAAGGAUCAUCCAGGGAAGAUUUGCAUUCCAUUCAGCCAUCGAUAGGAUGUACAGGCUGCUUUUGGACCUUAAGAUGGAUGAGGGAGAGUUCUGCGAUCUACAGGAGAUAAUGUUUAACCCGCCCUACGACUCGGGAUCCGUAAUGCCCAAGGGAUCUCCAUGGAGGGAGCACCUGGCCCACGCCCUGCUCCACCUUCGAGCUAGUGGCCUAAUGCAAUAUAACGACAGGAAAUGGUUGGUCCCUCGACCGGAUUGCAGCCUAUUUAAGGCCUCGCAGGUCGAGGUGGACCUGGAGCACUUUGCCCCGGCACUUUUUACCCUUGUACUCGCUAUGGUGGCCAGUGCCUUGGUCUUUCUGGUGGAACUCUUUCUGCACUGGCUACCGGACUUUCGCAGGAGGUUGGGGGCCAUGUCCUUGUCCACUUAAGUAAUCAUCCUGCCCCUUUCCCAGCACCAGCACGAGCUCCAGCUGCCCUGCCACGACUUUCGGCUACAAAUUUGUGUCGCUUUUAAUGUUUUCUGCAUUUUUAAUAAUAGUAAAAAAUUUGUAAUAAUGUCAGCUAUUCCCAGCGCAGAAGCUCCGGCGCGGGGCAGAAAUUAAAAAUUCCAUUAAACUGCAAACACUUGCAUGUACUCAACUGGACUCCGCCACCGUUCCACAAUUCCGCUCCUUCUGGCCAGUUCCUUGGCUGGGGCCGUCGUGUUCAUUUAGACUUAAUUAUGAAGCUGGCUGGAGGCGGUGUCACUUGUUUUCUAUUAACUGACAAGCUUUUAAGGGGUGGCAACUAUUAGUUUCGCCGAGGAGAAUUCAUUUAGCGGGAAAGGAACAACGCUUCCGCUGGUCGCACAGCAUUUCCCCUGGCUAAUCAUAAGUUCUGACGAGUUAUCAGUUUAUUAUAAGGGGUGCUGUAGGGACAUCCUGUAUCAAUAGCCUUUCCGUUGAAUUUGAGUAAUCUUACUUUAUUUUUCGAUCCAUAACUUCUUAUAAAAUUGCUAGCAAACUAUUGCAGCAAACCGCGUUCUAAUUGUGCAAUCGCAUUUGCUGCAAUUGGAUGCGUGAUCAGUGUCCUGCAUAAAGCUUUGUGUUGGGGACCACGCAUGUCCUGCCAUCGGACUGUGGUCACGCAUAACCUUCAAUUAAGUUGUCAUAAUGUCCGACAACUCGACGGGAAAAAGGGCGGUUCUCGGUGGGUCGGUGGGUCGAUAUAAUCACAUUUAUACUACAGUGCGGAAUGAGAUUGUGCAAUGGGACGACACGACUGCAAAGCCGUACGAGUGCGAAAAAAGUUGCUAAUCCAACUUGCUUUAAUCUGUUAUUUAUAAGAAGUGUCAACUGGAAAGGCUAUUCAAGCUGAGAUAAUUACCACAAUUAAAUUGUAAUUUGAACAUAUGCAAGUAAUGUGAUAGUCUGGGCUUGUUUUUUCCACACAAAUACCUACUCUUUGUAAUUGACAUACAUAUAUUAGACAUAUUAUUGGACACUUUAACUUUCUUGAAAUAAAGAGAAACUCAGAUAUUGGUUAAUAUAUAUUUGUAAGCAAAUCCUUUUUAUGUAUUUGACUGUUCUUGCCGCUAUCCUAAGUUAAUACAUUGUGAAAACUAUUAGGCCAUUUAACCAAUACAAGUAUUUUCAUGUCA